UUCACACGUACGUCAUGAAUCGACAAGCACAACAAGGAAGUGGUUUAUAAUUUUUACAAGAGAUUCAAUUAUAAUCUAUUUUGUUAUGUAGAAAUCUAUAUAUAGUAUUAUUUAUUGUAUUUUUAUUUAUAAUGAAUACAUCUACUGAUAACAGUAUUAUGAAUUCCUGUCAGUACACGCCCGUGUAUUUUAUAGAAAGUCCAGGUGUAACACAGUCGAAAUCGUAUGUCAUAACACAGAAUACGCAGAGCCCCCAAAAACCCAUUAGCGAGAAUUUGAAACGAUUUUACGAAAAUAGCGGCAAAAUGGAAACUAACCUUAACCAUACGGAAAAUAAUUGCAAACCAAGGAUUCUAAAAAAACAGGAAUGUAACGUGGUUGGCAACAAUUUAAAAUUAGCAAGUUUUCUUCUUCCAAAAAGUGAAGUUAAAGCUCCGACUAAACAAAACAAUACUAUGACAGCAAACAACGUAAUUUUAAAGCCAAUAUACAUAGCUAAUGGUGCAAGCGCAGCAGCUUCAGUACCCAAACUGGACAUAAACAGUAGAAUAGUGAAAUUGAAGGAUCUCCCAAACAUAACCAGAUCUCAUAACGGAAGAAUAUUGCCAAAGAUUAAACCAAAGGAGAAAUGUCACAAAUCCCGUCACACAUCUGUUCAAUUGCUGAAGCUGGGUGAGACAUACCAUAGUCUAAACCGCCUCAGUGAUGAUCAAAUGAAGAUUGUGAAUCACGCCUUACAAAUAUUCCAUAAUCCUCAGAACACACCACCGGAACCCACUUACGAUCCAGUUACAAACACUAAAUACAUUUACAAGGUCGUAUCACCUAAAGAUUUAGCAGUAGUAGGUAAAAAUAAGGAACUACUAUUAGAAAAAAAGCCAGAUAUCAAAAAGGAAAUUGUUACUAACAACGAAAUAGACGCUGAAAGUGAAGAUGAUCACAAAAUUAAUCUCGAGACCAAAGUGACUAAGAGUGGGAGAAUUGUGAAGUUACCCAAAAAUGUCCUUAUGGAGGAAGUUCCAAAUAAGAUCAAGAAGAAAAACGUUACGCCAGUCUCCUGUCUCCAGUGUUCCUCUAAGUUUUGUAGUCCCCAGCGUUUGAAUAGACACUACGAAUAUCACCCAUCACACUUACCUUCAAGGCAGCACAAUGAUUUAUUCCAGUGUUUGCUUGCUAUUGUACAAGCGAGUCCCGAAGAGAAGACGCCCGAAACCUUUUUACACCAACUAGAACAUCUGAUUGAGAAACUAAAACAUUUGGCGCCAUGCUUGACGAAGACUGAUGAUAAAUCGAAUUUGAAAUCAAAUAAAAUCAAUGAAGAUGUUAGCAGAUUAUUAGGAAUAAGUCCGGGUGACUACAAACUUAAUAUAGAUGCACUUAAUUGUAAGAAAGACAAAGAUGGCUACUGUGACCACAACCCACCACCGCAACAAGCAAAACUUAUACAAACUCAUGUGGAUAUUGAAGGAAUUAUAAGAGCGACGUUACAGCCCACUGAAGCCAAAAUAUCGGACAAGUCUAAGAUGGAUGCUCUGAAAGCGACAGAUAAAAGACCAGCUGCGGCUAAGAUUGAAAAUAGGAAGCAGAAAUUGGAACAGACCAAUCAAAAUAAUGCUGGGAAGAAAAUUAAACUAACAAGUGAACCGCAAGUCGCAAGUCUGUCUAUGGACGACAUUGUCUCCCUCAUCUCAGAAACAAAACCAGCAGAUAACGUAUUGAUAAGUAACGAACAAAUCAGAAACGAUAAAGUAUUUAAUUCCAAACCAUCGCAUAUACAAUUCCACAGCGCACAUUUUGACAUCAGAUCAUCACCAAUAAAAUCAUCAUCGACCGUCUUCCGCAAAUUCCAGAUAAACCCAGAGAAAAUGGCAAAGUAUGAAGUACAAAUAGUGCAACCAUUGAAAUUAAAUCAAUUGGCCCAAGAAAUGGAGCAGUCUAUUCACAGCCCAGUCGAUGAAGCCCCGGCCGUAUCCAAGGACAGAUCUGAACAGUCACAAGAAGCAACUAAGGAAUGGCCGGAGAAUGAGUCUGAUUUUAUAAGAACAAAUAGUUUGAUAAGCAAUCAGGCUGACGACUUCAUGAGAUCAAGUGCCUCUAUCGAACCCGCUCUAAUACAUAUUAGGGAUACAAAAACUGACAACACAUUAAUUGAUAAUAACGAUCUCUGUAUAAAUGAUGAUUUUUCAUCGAGCAAUGGACAAGCAUUAAUCAACUUCCUAGAAUCCCUCGGCAAUGAGUUGACAAGCACAGAACCUGCGAGAACCACUGCUAGCGAUUUCCAGAUGGACUUGUUCUCAUUUAAUAAUUCAUAGCCAAAUGUAUUAUGUGUGUAGUUCAAUAAUUUACAUAUUUUUUUAAUAAAUAUUUUCAUAUUAUAGAAUAAUAA